AUGUCUAUCGGUUCAGGCUACAUAUUUGGUGACAAGGGUUCAGAAUGGCGUAUGAUGAAAUUGCGUUCGCUGAGAGGCUCGGCCAAAUCACUGAACCAGCCGGUUGAAGAGAUUGCGUUCGAGCGCUAUGGCACUCUCGAACGGUACGAUGAAGCUCGUGAGGAAGAGCAAGAAUUGGAAAGACGCAAGACCUAUGGGAUCAAGAAGACUCAGCCAACCGGCGACUUGUACCGAGAACGCCUUGCAAAAGAGCAGAAACAUGACGCAAAGCUGUCAAGGCACGAGGAUCAGGUCAUCGAAGACAUAAAAGAGGACGAGAUGGCAUCUCAUGGUCAUACCAUGACGCUUUCAGAGCUCAACAGUAUCAAAGCGAAGCUGCUCAAAGCUCAAAUGAUGCAAUCGUCGGACGUGCAGCAUCUACAACAACGAUACGAUGCUGCUGUACAUCAUUUUGAGACUCAGCAACAAGCAGCUUCAGUAGUUGUGCUUCCGGACAUGGACUCACGGGGACAAGCUGUGCAAAAGAGGGAGGAAGACAUGACGAUUGAAGACAUGGUACGCGAGGAGAAGCGAGAGUCCAAACUCAUCAAUGCCGCGAGACAGGAUGCCGAUAGAAUUGCCAAGGAUGGCAAAUACAGCGACACUUUGGACUACCAGGACGAGCAGGCGGAUAAGCUUGCUCAGCGAGUGCAACGCAAGGAACUGAACCUGAAGAAUAUGAGCAUCAGCCAAUACCAAAAGAUGCAAAAAGUGCUUGACUCUUGUUCGCUUUGCCACAAGGAGGAAGGUGCUGAACCACCAAUCGCUCCAGUGGUCUCGUUGGCGACUCGCACAUUCUUGUCGUUACCAUCAGCUCCACUGACACGCUAUCACUGCCUGAUUGUGCCUCUGCAGCAUCGAACAAAUACCCUCGAAUGUGAUGACGAUGAAUGGGUCGAGAUUCGAAACUUUAUGAAGUCCCUGACCCGCCUUUAUGACAAUCUUGGCAUGUCGCCCAUGUUUUACGAGAGUAAUGCUCGGCCAUACAAGAAGUCUCAUGCGGCUAUCGAGUGUCUACCGAUACCAAAAGAUUUGGCUGGCCAAGUACCCCGCUUUUGGCAAGAGGCUCUGGUUUCAGCGGAUGAAGAGUGGUCGCAACACCGGCCGCUCAUCAAGACUGAUGGCAAUAUGUUCACGCGCAAAAUGACGUCCGAGCUAGCUUACUUUCACGUCUGGUUUGAUCUGAAUGGAGGCCUGGGUCAUGUCAUUGAGGAUGACUCCAAGUGGCCUCGAGGGGACUUGUUUGGCCGUGAGGUGGUGGGCAGCAUUCUGGGCCUUGACGUAACUGUAUGGCGGCGGCACGCUCAAUGGGAUGGCAACAAGUCCAGCAAAGAGCUGCAGCAGUUUCAAUCGAAAUGGCAACGAUGGGACUGGACACAAACUUUGCUAGAGCAGUAG